AUGGACAUCACUACGUCGUAUACCAACCAGACAAAUGACACCUUCAUAAUUCCAGGAGAAGAUUAUGUUCGUUUUCUAAACAUAAUUGUGUUUUUAGAAGCGUCGAUGUGUGUUCUAAUAGUAGUUGGAAACGGGUUCAUAAUAACCUUGAUAGCACGCAGAAGGUUGCUUGGAAGGUCUACAAAUAUAUUUGUGUUUUCGAUUGCAACGGCAGAUUUUCUUAAUGGAAUUUUGUCAAUUCCAGCACAUGUGCUAUUUCUCGUCGUAGGAGGAGAUUCAACAGUCUAUCUAUGCAAAUGUCACAAAUUCGUUAUGUAUCUAACGAAAACCGUUGUACCGUACACAAUCUUAUUCAUGACAGCGGAAAAAACCAUGAGAGUUUUGUGUCCAACGAGAGAGAUAGUUACUGUAGCUAGGUGUAUGUUCUUUACCAGUUUGUGGUGGUUUUUCAGUGCGGCCUUUAACAUUUGGAGCGUAGUGUUAUUUACGAAAGGAAGCGUUAAUAUUCUCUAUAAGGAGGUUUCCUCAUAUCAAAUACCAAGUUGUGUUCUUAAUUCCAGGUUCAUCGACUUACACACCGCUUUUCUUCUAACAGAUGUCAUUAUUAUUUUUGUGAUACCUACUUUUGCAAUACUAGGAAUAUAUUGUGUGCUAGUCCGAAAUUAUUUCACUGUUCUGAGAGAGAGAAUUUUAACUUAUUUCUAUGUGAUAAAACUAUUUAUAGCACUCUUUAUAACUUUCGUAUUGUGUCAUCUUCCCUUAGAGAUAUUCACGUUUCUUGACAGUAGACAGGGAUCAUUUACGUUGUUGUAUGUGUUGGCUUCUAAUUUCGCCACUUCGCUGUAUUUCACUCGAGGUAUAUGGAAUCUACUUAUAUAUGCCUAUUUCAAACACUAUGUGUGUCGGAAAAGACAAUUUUCAAGUAUCCGAGCAAGCGGAGCCUUUCGUGAAGGAAGCAUGGGGCCCUCUUUACGGCAGCGACUCAGACCUAGAAAUCGAUGA